UAUAUUUUACGUACAUUAUGCUCAAUAAAGUGUUUGCUUGGAGAUGCUUUCUGCCGCGAAAUCAUCAGACUUAAGAUCGAUAACCUCAUCGGUAAUUCCCAAUACAAAAGAAUUUUUGUCGCACAUUUUUAAUGCUAUCCACGAGAGGGUGCGCACGGGUCGGUUCCUAUUUCGUCGGUUCCCCUCGUCUUUCCUCAUCGAGGGGCAGCGGUGAGCACGGCAGCGCAAAGGUAACAAUUUCACGCGAUGGCGUCCGUCCGUUCCCUCGGAAAGGACCCAAGGACUAAACAGACAAAUAGGCCGUAAAGUCGAUGUCUGCGCGUCCGGAUAACGGCGCCGACGUCGCACGGGCCGUCAUUCUGAUUUAAACCCCGGCCCGCGUCGGAGGUGCAGGUGGCGGAUUAAUAACCGGUCAUAAAGAAGAAGGAGAGGAGGGGGAUAGAGGAAGGGUGUAAAAUGGAGAAGAGAUAAAGCCGAGGCGGGGACGAUGAGAUCUCCACUGCGGCGCCAGUCCCUCUCCGCUCGGCCGAGCCCCAGCAGGCUUUCUGUGGACUGGGACCACGAGCAACGAGCUGUCCGGAGACUGUCCUCUCCACGCAGCCUCAACCUCUUGACGCCGCCUCCAUACCCGCGACGUGCCUCCGCCCUCCCCAGCUACCUGCUGCCCCCCUACCAGGAGCAAGAGGACCACCAUCUCCUCCACCAGCAGCCUCGGCGUCUCUCUUUGCCCCCCGAGGCAUCCCGGUUGCCCCCUGAACCUCCGCCUGCGCCCGCCGCCCCGGCUCCUUGCCGCCGCCCGGUGGGAGUCAUGCACCUCCUCCGGCUGGGUCUUCUCGCCUUCAGCUGCCUGUUUUGGGCGGCGGGCUUGGCGCUCUUCACCCUGGGCGUGUGGGCGCAGAUUUCUCUGGCCGACUUCAUGCUGCUGUCCGCCAACCGCUACCCCAACGCGCCCGUCAUCUUGCUUACCACGGGUGCCGCCGUCACCAUCUGGGGCUUCCUGGGUUGUCUCGGGGUGGCGGCCAACCUCCCGUACGUGCUGCGGGCGUACGGCUUCUUCCAGCUGGCCGCGCUCGUGGCGGGCUUGGCCGGCGGGCUCUGCGGUCUCUUCUACCGGGAGGACAUCGCCGGCGGGUUUCGUAGUGGCCUGCAGCGAGCGGUCGCCGGCUACGCCGAGGACGAAGGCCGCGCCGACGCGCUGGAUAGCUUACAGAGGGCGCUGCGAUGCUGCGGUGGUGAAGGAUGGCGCGACUGGCUCACUUCGGACUGGGUCCUGGAGCACAUAACCUCCGUGCCCGCCGAGAACGCCUCCCUGGGGUCCUUGCCAGACAGCUGCUGCAUGCGGCGCAAAGGCUGCAGGAACAGGCCGCUGCCCUCGGACGACUACGACGGAGUGGUCGCCGCGGGCAUCCACCCCCACGGAUGCUUCCGGAAGGUCUUCAGCUUGGUCAACGACAACGUGUUCCACAUCGCCGCCAGCGUGCUGGGAUUGGCCUUCGCGCAAAUCGGCGGCAUCGCUUUGGCCUGCCUGUUGGCUAACAGGCUGGCGCCGCGGCAACAGCCGCGAGUUGUGGCAAAUUAAUGCAAAAACCGAAUUAUUAUGAUAUUUAAGACUUUGGUAUUGUCGUGGUGUCUGUUUAAGCAUGCUAGCAACAUUUCCCUUGGCUGAAAAUUGCAAGAAAAUUAAUGGUACACACGACAGUUUGUUUUUCCUGCUCCCAGGGAUUACUGUACUUUGAGAAGAAUACCAAAUAUAUUUGCAUGAUUUGCAGGUUCUCCUGAACCUGCAAGUCACUUAUUGUGCAGUGGCUCAUUCCUAAUGGUGCUUACGAUGAGGUAGAAAGUGUCUGUUGUCUGAAGGGAUAAGCAAAUGUUAGUUGAUAGAAAAAUAAUGUUGGAAUUGUAUCUUCACUUGCUCGGCUUUUAAUUCAUUUUUGUUUGUACUUGUCUGAAGCGUUCCAUGACCCAAACAUCGUGUAGCAAUGGAGGCGACUUAGCUAAAUAUGGACAAGACAAAACGGACCCUAGCCCCAACCCCAACCCUCUACCUUGUCGCCGUCCUAUCCUAGCCCUAAGUCCACUUACCAGUUCUGCAUCCUUGUCACUAUCCCUUACCUUCCUUCUGACCCAAAUCCUAACCAUUACCCCAUUCUCGGCCCUAUCCCGACCGACCCUGAUCCCACUUACCUGUUCUGACCCUUACCCAAAUCCUAACCAUAACCUUAAUUCCCCCCAAAUUAUUCAUUUAUUUCAUUAAAGUAACAAAUGGAGGAUGGCGGUAACUAUUUCAAUUUAGGAAGGAGGCAGGAACAACGAAUUCUGUCUAUUGGCAUGUUUUACUAAAUUCCAAAAGCAUAGUUACAAAAAAGAACAACCUAAUUAGAAGGAGGGGCGGCGUGGUAGGUUCAGCUGGUAAAGCCUUGGCCUCUCAGUUCUGAGGACCUGGGUUUGAUCCCGGCCCCGCCUGUGUGGAGUUUGCAUGUUCUCCCCGUGCCUGCGUCGGUUUUCUCCGGAUACUCCGGUUUCCUCCCACAUCCCAAAAACAUGCAACAUUAAUUGGACGCUCCAAAUUGCCCAGCGCGGCUGUUUGUCUCUUUGUGCCCUGCGAUUGGCUGGCAAACACUUCAGGGUGUACCCCGCUUCCUGGCCAUUGACAGCUCAGAUAGGCUCCAGCACUCCCCGUGACCCUUGUGAGGUUAAGCGGCAAAGAAAAUGGAUCGAUGGAAGGAAAUGAAACAAAAACAUUCCGACGGACAAAAGAUCGACACAGACAUACACGGCGUCUGUUAGGACCACACUGACGACUGACAGACUUCACUUUGAGUAAGCUGCGCCUGAAGAAGACUUAUUUUCAUGCCGAAACGUCGCGCCAACGGCUUCCUUGACUUUUUCGGUGUUUUUAAUUGGCAGUUUCCUAAAUUUGGAGGUUGGCGGGGUUAAUUGGAUUUCAAAAUGGAAGCAUGUUGGCACUUAAAUUUACGUGAUUGGACAGGACUACAUUUCAAUUGGAUUUAUUUCGGGACUGAAAAACCAAACAAUGGGACAAAAUUGUCGGGAGUCAUUUGGGAGAACAACUCUAAGCGCGAGGACCGUGCACAUUUACCUCCUCCACAUCUGGACUGACACUCCGGGGAGAAUGACUCGGACCCUCUCGACUUACUCUUCGCUGAGCUCGCACGAUGCCGCCAAGCCUUCCGAGGUCUCGUCCUGCAUUUGAAAUAUCUUCAUAUCUCAUCCUUUACGCGAGGAGAUGUCUUUCUGUUCAUCCUGUUUUUUUUUCUAUGAUGUACCUGAACAAUAAUAAAG